UUGAAUUAAUAAUCUACUCAUUAUGGAAGCUACUUUUGUUGUCAUUGGAGGAGGCAUUUGCGGUGUGUCCUGUGCUGAAAGCAUUGCAUUUCUUGCACCUGAGGAGAAAGUAGUUUUAAUAACAGCGAGUUCAAUAAUUAAAGCUGUUACUAAUGUCAUGUCAAUUGGAAAAACGUUAACACAAUUCGAUGUUGAAGAACGCUCAUCAGAUACUUUGUCCAAUCUUUAUCCAUCGAUCACUAUUAUUAAUGACGUAGUAAAAAAAGUUGAUACAAGUAAAAAAACUAUCACUACAGAAAAAGAACAAGUUAUAAUAUACAAAAAAUUGUGCAUUUGCACAGGAGCACGGCCAAAACUAAUUCAAGACAAUAAUAGUAGAGUAAUCGGACUUCGUGAUACUGAGUCUGCUGAAAAUCUCACGAUAAAGUUGAAAAAUGCUAAAAAAGUUGUUAUCGUCGGCAAUGGAGGAAUCGCUACUGAACUUGUCCAUGAAAUAAAAGGUGUUGAUGUUGUUUGGGUGAUAAAAGAUCGGCAUAUUUCAGCAACUUUUAUUGACCCAGGUGCGGCGGAGUUCUUUCAAGAAAGACUAUUAAACAAGGAUCUAGAUUACCAAGAGAAAACAGCAAACCGACCAAAAUGGACUGUAAAAACAGAAAAAUCAACUCAAAACGGAUUUGGACCUUCACUUGGACCGCACUGGCACAAUCAAAUAAAUCUUAUCAAGGAAAAUGUUUUGAAAAGGGUCGAAGUUGAAUACGAAUGUGAAGUAUUACAAAUCAUAAAUCGCACCGACAGCACUGAUGAUUGGCCUAUUUACGUUGAAUUAACCAAUGGAAAAAAAGUGGGGGCCGACUUUAUCAUUUCGGCUACUGGAGUCAUACCUAAUAGCAACAUAUUAGGAUUAGAACACUUGAAAAAAGGGAAAGAUAGUGGUUACUCUGUUGAUUGGAAAUUAGAAACUAUGGAAAAGGACAUUUUUGCUGCUGGGGAUGUUUGCUCGGCAGAAUGGGAUAUUGCAAAACACUGGUUCCAAAUGCGACUUUGGACUCAAGCUCAUCAAAUGGGUCGAUAUGCAGCGAAAAGCAUGGUUUCAACUUUAAAAGAAGAAGACUUUUAUCAAGACUUUUGUUUCGAACUUUUUACUCACGUUACAAAGUUUUUUGGCUACAAAGUUGUUUUAAUAGGAUUGUAUAAUGGUCAGAAACUUGGAAAUAGUUAUGACAUUUUAUUAAGAGUAACCCAAAGACACGAGUAUGUGAAAUUAAUUCUUGUUGAUGGAAAAAUGCAAGGAGCAGUUCUUAUUGGUGAAACAGAUUUAGAAGAAAUGUGUGAAAAUCUAAUAUUGAACCAACUAGACUUAAGUCCAUAUGGUGAAGAUUUAUUAAAUCCAGAUAUAGACAUAGAAGAUUACUUUGAUUGAGUAGGAAAUACUAAACGAAGCUGGAUG